AGACGCCGAUCGAAUCUGAGAGGAAAGACAUGAUUCCCUUCGAUAAAUCCAUCAUCUAAGCGCGUCCUGCAAAUCUGCAACUUCACAUUUACCACAGACUUUAGGUGGAGACUGUCAACUUCAACAGUCUGCUUGCUUUUUUUGUCGGAAAUAAUCUCGACCUUCCGAGCAGCAGAUGAUGGUUCUGUAGGUCGGAUUUGGGCUUUUAAAGGAGAAGAAAAGAAGGAAUGGCUGCUGUAGAGUGACCCAGAGUGGUUCUUCUCGAUGUGGAGUAAUGUUUAUUGAGAUAUUAGAGAAAAUGGAGGUGGUUUUGUGCUCGGUUUGGAGGUAAAUCACGGCGGAUCUCAUGCUCUGUGUUUGGGCUCCUGGAGGAUCGGAGAGCCCAUUUCUCUCCUGGAGAGGGACCCUCAGGAUUUCUGUUUUUGUUUUACUACCAAGCUUCAUCCUGAUCCGCUUUAGGACUCAUUUAUGAAGCCUAAUACACCUACAGAAAUCAGCUAUUGGUGGUUAGGCCUGCUUUUGGUGGAAUUAAAGCUGUGCAAGGGCCCUUAAAGCUUUAGGACUCUUAUAACGCACCUAGGACGCAUUAAAAGCUGAACAAUCUUGGAUGUAGAUCUCUGAAGAGGAUCCUGCAUGUUUCCUGAGAGCUUGGACAUCCUCUGGACUUGCUUAUAUAUCUAAGUAAUCCUGCUUUCACAUCUGCAGCAUGAUACCUGAAGCUUCAGACCUGGUUCAUCAUCAGCCUGGAUUUAUUUACACACGUAAAACGUCGCAGUUAUAAACCUGAAUAUACAUCUUAGUUCCAGACCAGAGGGUUUGGAAAUCUGCUUUUAUUAUACGCAUAUAAAACACCAAGGACUGAGAGUAAUCCUGAUCUUACAUCUGCAGCCUGGACUUCUUAUCUGGAUAUAUUCAAAGAGACAAAUAGAACAAUAUUACUUUACAUCUGCAGGCUGAUCUGUGGACCGUUUUCUUUCCAGAACUGAAUAUUUAGUGGCAAUCCUGAAUAAUUUAUAUAUACAUACACAGCACAUUCACGAUGCCAUUACAGACUUAAAUAAUACUGCUUUACGUCUACGUCUUGAAAUCCUGCACAUUGGUUCAUCUUUAAACCUGAAUUGGGCUGAUCGUCCAACAGGCAACUUGAAGUAUUAUUUAUAUUUGAGAAGAAAUCAUAUCGACCAUCUAUAUGACUGUUUUCUUUUGAGAUCAGAUCUGCUGACAAUCUACGUUUAUUUGACUCGUUUCUUUAUUCGCAGCCUAAUUUCUCUUCAGUCACAGGAAGCUGCAUAUCUAAAGUGACACCGACCAUCUUCACGACACAAAGAAAGCGUUCAUGAGUCUGUUUUUACACCUGGGACCUUCGACGUGAAGCUUCUUCUUUUCAAGACUGUGAAGACGUGCUCGUCUGUAUUAAUAACACACGUAUGAAACGUUCAGGACGCGUCAUAGUAUGAGGACUUUCUGACUUGGUUAUAGCUCUCUAGCAUCACGGACACAGUUAUAAGACUAAGAAAUAAAUGCUUUUACAUCCGACCUGCUACUUGGAGCUUUAAAGGAAAUGGUGACUGGAGAGAACCCAUCUAUUCAUAGGAAUCAAAUCUAAAUACAUCUAGAAUAAUUACAUCUGCUUGCUGGAGCUACAGACCUGAUUUAAUGGCUGUGUAUGGAUGUAUUAUGAGCAUCAAGAUGCACUUAUAAACCUGAAUAAUUCUGCAACCUGCACCACCAAGCUCAGAAGAUUUUGUGGUAGUCCAGCUUCAAAUAAAGAGCUUAAAUUGCCAGGAAAGAUUGAGAACUCUGGAGAACCAGUCUAUCUUUAGAACACUUCAAGUCUGAUAAACCUGAAUUAUCCAUUCAACCUUCUAUUUGGAGCUUCAGAAAUGGUUUAUCUACAGUUAUAAGCUUAUAAAGCAUUCAGGAGCGGUUAUACACCUAUAUACUUUUUACAACUUGAUUAAGGAGAUGAUUGACAUUUAAAAAGACCCUGAUCUUCUGAUCCAGCUUUACUGUAUGCUUGAAAAGCCUGAAGAUUUUCUGUUCUUCAGAUAUUUAGGAUGCACUUGUACAUCUGAACGAGCCUAAAUAAUCCUGCUUUUAAAUCUAACCCGGAACGGUGGAGCGGCUCAGGGACGUGAAGUCUGAAACAUCCUGGUCUCUAUCAGCUUAAUCUGCUACAGAAGAUCUGCAUGGACGAUGUUUCGACUUGUGGAGCGUUCGGGAUGCACAUAUGAAGCUUGAGAAACUUCAGACAGUUUUACAAGUAUUAGAAGAUUUGUACCACAUCUAAGUUCAUUCUGGGACCUUCUGACCUGCUGUACUGAAGCUCCCACUUCAUUCUACAGCUAUAGAACGUUUAGGAGCAGCUAUAAGCUUCGUUUAUUCGACUCUCUACAUGUAUGUAAAUAUCUACACAUCAGAAUAAUCCUGCCAUAAACGUCUGAGAAUAAUAUUAAUAAUCAAACUCAGAACUGCAAUGGCUGCCAUCAUUAAAGAGAUAGUGAGUGGAAAUAAGAGGAGGUACCAAGAAGAUGGAUUCGACCUGGACCUCACAUAUAUUUAUCCCAACAUCAUAGCGAUGGGUUUUCCAGCGGAGAGACUGGAGGGAGUUUAUCGUAACAACAUUGAUGACGUCGUACGGUUUUUGGACUCCAAACACAGGAACCAUUACAAGAUCUAUAACCUGUGUGCAGAACGACACUAUGAUGCAGCUAAAUUCAACUGUCGGGUGGCUCAGUACCCAUUUGAAGACCACAACCCCCCUCAGCUGGAGCUCAUUAAACCCUUCUGUGAGGAUCUGGAUGAGUGGCUCUCCGAGGACGAGAACCACGUGGCUGCCAUACACUGUAAGGCGGGGAAGGGGCGCACGGGGGUCAUGAUCUGCGCCUACCUGCUGCACCGACGCAAAUUCCAGGAGGCGCAGGAAGCGUUGGAUUUCUACGGUGAAGUGAGGACCAGGGACAAGAAGGGCGUAACCAUCCCGAGUCAGCGCAGGUACGUUCACUAUUACAGCUACCUGCUGAAGAACCAGCUGGACUACAAACCCAUCGCUCUGCUCUUCCACAAGAUGAUGUUCGAGACUCAGCCCAUGUUCACCAGUGGAACCUGCAACCCCCAGUUUGUGGUUUACCAGCUGAAGGUGAAGAUCCACACGUCCCAUCCGGCUCACAUGCGGCGGGAGGACCGGCACGUGUUCUUCGUGUUACCUCAGCCGCUUCCUGUGUGUGGAGACGUCAAGGUGGAGUUCUUCCAUAAACAGAACAAGAUGAUGAAGAAGGAGAAGAUGUUCCACUUCUGGGUGAACACGUUCUUCAUCCCCGGUCCCGAGGAGAGCCGAGAGAAGGUGGAGAACGGCUCGGCCAUGGACGACGCCGACAGCCAGUCGUCCAAUCGGAGCCAGAGUUCUCCACCGGAUCGGGACCGGGAGCCGGGCGGAGGCGAGAGGGACGGCGAGCGGGAUUACCUCGUCCUGUCGCUCACGAAGAACGACCUGGAUAAAGCCAACAAAGACAAAGCCAACCGCUACUUCUCUCCCAACUUCAAGCUGAAGCUCUUCUUCACCAAGACCGUGGAGGAGACGAACUCUGAGAUGAGCACCUCCACCUCCGUCACCCCGGACGUCAGCGACAACGAGCCGGAUCAUUACCGCUACUCCGACACCACCGACUCGGACCCGGAGAACGAACCGUUCGACGAGGAGCAUCACACACAGAUCACAAAAGUCUAAACGCUACACACACACACACACACACACACACACACACACACCUUCUGCUACCUAUAGACACGGACAUCUAAUCCACCAACACCAGACAAAAACAACAACAAGGAGAAAACUUGAAUAUGUAGUGAAGAGAAACCGGAGCCGCCCACCUCACCAUGACUAACCGAUCACCAGUUAUCACCUCACCACCAGUAUAUAAACAUAUAGAUCAAUAUAAAUAUCCUCUAUUAUCCAUUCUGAUGCGGAUGUGGGCGGCUCCUCUAGCUACUCUGUAUAUAAAUCUAUAUAUAAAUAUAAAUCUAUAUCCAAUCCCUGUUUGUGUCGGAAGCGACGAAGUCUAGGCAAUCAGGCGAGGGGAGGAGGAGGAGGAGGAGGAGAGGGACGGAGAUCAAAGACUCACGCUCUUUUAUCUUCCUCAGAAUUUCUAUAUUAUUUUUAUUCUUACCCAGGCCAGUGUUGCACUCGCUCCCUCCAUCUUCUCCUCCCUCGCUUCCUCCCUCCCCCGCCCCCGCCCCCGGGCGUGUGCCGGUCCAUUAGCUCCGUGGCUGAUAUAUCACCGUGUUCCGCGUGUACCGGUGGUGCAGCCGGGUCCUCGCGCGGCGUCAGGGACGGGCGGAAGGUGGAUCGUUUGGUAUAAAUCACCCUGAGGUUUAUGCACAGUUAUCGGGUGACCAUGGUGAUAUAUCAGCACACGCCCCCUACCCUACCCUACCCCGCCCCGCCCCGCCCCACCCCCGUGAAUGCUUUUGUGCCGUCUGCAGCCCCUUCUAUUCACCCCCUCUUUUCCUGCGCUGUGAACUAUGAAUUCUGGGAUACGUAGUCCCACCCCCGCUCCCCCUUAUGUGUGUUUAAGGUUAAACUUUAUGGAAAGAUGAAAGAAAACCAUGUACUUGAUGUUCUUUUUUAUUUGUAAUCGGAGAGAAUAAAGCUCUAUCUGUAUCUGAUGAACAGAAUUGCAGGGAAGCAGCGUUGCAAUAACGUUAACACUCAAACGUUUAAACAACAAACUAGUGUGCAUGUUCUAUUCCACUUUAGUGUUUAAUAAAUAUACCAUGUGUUUUUAUUUA